AUGGCACGACCAAAGAAAUACUCCACUGUGGGGGAACGUAAAGCUGCCGCUGCUGUGAGACAAAGGGAGAGACGUGCGCAGGAACCAUUACAGAGAAUAGCACAAUCAACAAGUGGAGGCUUGCAGAAUGAAACUCAUGAGCUGAGAUCUGCAAUGUUGCACAGGCAGAGAAUUCGGUCGACAGUUGAUGAAAAAGAACAAAAACAAUUACUGAUGGAUUUAGAAGUAGUGAUGAAAAGUAAUGAUUGCCCGUUCAUUGUACAGUUUUAUGGAGCAAUUUUUAAAGAGACUGUCAAAGCAUUAAAUUACUUGAAGGAAAAAUUAAAUAUUAUACAUAGAGAUGUUAAACCAAGCAAUAUUCUUUUAGAUCGUCGUGGGAAUAUUAAACUUUGUGAUUUUGGAAUAAGUGGGCAAUUAGUUGAUUCUAUUGCAAAAACAAGGGAUGCUGGUUGUCGUCCAUAUAUGGCACCAGAACGAAUUGAUCCUGGUAGAGCGAGAGGAUAUGAUGUACGAUCUGAUGUAUGGAGUUUAGGAAUUACUUUGAUAGAAGUAGCUACAGGAAAAUUUCCUUAUCCUAAAUGGAACAGUGUAUUUGAACAAUUAACACAAGUUGUCCAAGGUGAUCCACCACAGUUAAGUCUUCAAGACAAUGGAAAUUCAUUCACUUUAGAAUUUGUAAAUUUUGUUAAUACAUGCUUGAUCAAAGAAGAACAGAAUAGGCCUAAGUACAAAAAAUUAUUGGUAAGAUAA